ACGGACGCGAGGGGGAUGCGCGUUUCCCAGCAUGCACCGCGGUUCAGUGCGGAGGAAAAUGAACGCGGCCAUGUCGUGCUGAUCGGAGCCGAAAGAAAAGCACACAAAAGAGCGAAAUAAACCUCGCACAGUCGGUGAGAAACUAAAAUAAGGGAGAAAACAGGAGUCGAGCACCCGCACGGGAGAGAUUUAUAACGGAAAGAUGAGCGGAGGGACGCCUUAUAUCGGCAGUAAGAUCAGUCUGAUCUCAAAGGCCGAGAUCCGAUAUGAGGGAGUUUUAUACACCAUCGACACUGAGAACAGCACCGUGGCUCUUGCGAAAGUCAAGUCUUUUGGCACUGAAGAUCGCCCCACGGACAGACCAAUCCCCCCUCGAGAUGACGUCUUUGAGUACAUCAUAUUCAGAGGAAGUGACAUCAAAGAUCUGACUGUGUGCGAGCCGCCCAAACCCACCUGUAACCUUCCUCAGGACCCUGCCAUCGUGCAGUCCUCUCUGGCGUCCACCGCUGGCCCAGCCGCUCCUUCCUUUCAGUCGUACACCCCCUUCAGUCGGGCUCCUGUUGCCCCGUACAGUCAGUUUAGCCCCAGCACACUGGUUCCUCAGCCAUUCGGAGCAGCGGUCACUGGUGGAAGCAGCUCAGGUCCUGCGUUCAGUAGGGAGGCGAGCGUUACUGCCCCUCUGUCCCAGAGCUCUGCUUUCCCCCCGCACGCUCGCUCUCUGAGCGCGCACAAACCCGAAGGUCGCGCCAGUCCAUCUCUAGAGCCCAAGAGAAAGACCCCGACACAGGAGCAUGCAGUACAGACAGCACCAGCACCGGUCACGUCCACUGCAACUGCAGCCGGGUCGGUGGCUCAGAGGAGCCCUGCAGCUGCCCGACCCGCUCUCAACACCCAGAAACCCGCUGAGAACCAGGAGCAGAACAAAGCAUCUGAUGUUCAGAAAGUUACUCGCCCGGAAACUGAGUCGAGCCGGUCUGACAACAAGGACUCGAACAGACGCCCGUCUGGAGGUGGUGCUCCUGUCAUAAGAAAGGGGCGGGGUAGUGGUGGCGGAGGCGGCGGUGGAGGUCAACGUGGCAGGGGCAGAUUUAAUGGACGCAGAGAUGGACCGAUGAAAUUUGAGAAGGACUUUGACUUUGAAAGUGCCAACGCCCAGUUUAACAAGGAGGAGAUCGAUCGCGAGUUCCAAAGCAAACUCAAGAUUAAAGAUGAGAAGAGCGAGAAAGCAGAAAAGACCCUGAACGGGGAGGAGAAGACCGAUUCAGGUGUGGAGACUCAGAACAGUGAAGGCAACGCCGAUGAAGACGAUCCACUGGGACCCAACUGUUACUAUGACAAAUCCAAGUCUUUCUUUGACAACAUCUCUUGUGAUGAUUCUAGAAAGGAGAAACCGGGAGGUGGUUAUGUGAGGGAACGAAGGCAGACCUGGGCGGAGGAGAGACGGAUGAACGCGGAGACCUUCGGCCUUCCUCUGCGUCACGGCCGUGGACGCGGGGGUUUCCGGGGCCGAGGCGGCGGCUCGGGCUUCCGUGGUGGUCGGGGCCGUGCGGUCAGCAGGGGGUCGUUCGCACCCUCCCGCAGGGGUGGGCCUGGAUUUAGAGGCGGGUUCAGAGGGGGCAGAGGAGGCCGUGAGUUCUCUGACUUUGAGUACAGGAAGGAGAACAAAGUGGCAGCGUAGUCGAAGCUGACGAUCACAUCACAUCCUAACAGCCAAGAAUCUCCUGUCCGCUCAUCACAGUUUAGAUUAAUGCUUUGACUCACAGGUCCUGCCUCUCUCCCUGUUCAACACCAGCACAGGUGUGACCUGCGUUCAGAUGCACACGCAGAGCUCUCUUGCUUUUCUC